AUGAGGCCGCAGAUCGUGCUGUUUGGCGAUUCAAUCACGGAGCAGUCUUUCAGAUCAGGCGGCUGGGGUGCUUCCCUCGCCGACACUUACUCUCGCAAGGCUGAUGUCUUCAAUCGUGGCUAUGGCGGGUACAACACCAGAUGGGCUUUGUUUUUGCUGCAUCACCUCUUCCCUCUUGAUUUGAGAAAGGCUCCUCCUGUUGCGGCCACUGUCUUCUUUGGGGCUAAUGAUGCGGCUCUGUUUGGCAGAACUAGCGAAAAGCAACAUGUUCCCUUGGAUGAAUAUAAGGAGAACCUCAGGAAGAUUGUCAAGCAUUUGAAGGAAUCUUCACCUGCCAUGCUGGUCGUGCUUAUUACUCCACCACCAGUAGAUGAGCCAGGGCGUAAAGCAUAUGCCAAAUCAGUAUAUGGUGAGAAAGCUAUGGAAUUCCCCGAGAGGACAAAUGACAUGGCUGGAGUUUAUGCUUGGCAAUGUGUGGAUUUGGCCAAGGAACUGGGUGUGUGGUCCAUUAAUUUAUGGUCCAAGAUGCAGGAAACUGAUGGCUGGCAGCAAAAAUACCUGAGUGAUGGUCUACACCUGACACCGGAAGGAAAUGCAGUGGUGUUCGAGGAAGUAGUAAACGUGUUCAGUGAAGCGUGGCUAUCUCCUGCAGAAAUGCCAUUGGAUUUCCCUCACCAUUCUGAAAUUGAAGGGGAAGACCCCGAGAAAGCUUUCCAAUAUCUGUGCUUGUAG